CGGUCAGCAGCACUGCCUUGUCUUCCCCACUUGCUGUUAACGUAAUUUGUCACCUGCCACAGCUAUGAGGUCCUUCUUCGCAUUGCUCUUCUUCUCAGGUGCGAUCCAGUUCAUUUUCCUCCUAUGUUGCUGUGUUUCUCUUGCUGGCUGCAAAGCAUCAUCGCCUUGCCCAAGUGGACAGUUUAUGCUGAAGAGCCAGUGUGUCCUCUGCCAUCCCACCUGCUCCGAGUGCCAGGGACAUGAGCUGUUUGAAUGUACUACCUGUGGCGUGGAUGAAGAUGGACAGGAACGUUUCCUCCACCAAGGUCGCUGUCGGACACACUGCCCACGGGGACUGUAUCCUGACAGGGGUCACUAUGCCUGCCUGCCCUGCAUAGCCAAUUGUGAACUCUGCACAGAUGGCAACAUAUGUGCCAAAUGUCGAGAACACUACAAACUCCAUAAUGGUUUCUGCCAAACUGCACUCUGUGAUAUAGGACAGGUUCAGGAUCCUGAUACAGGCGAGUGUAUUGACUGUGAGAUAGGCUGCAAAACAUGUUCCACAGAAAAGCCUGAGAUUUGCAACAGCUGUGCCGAAGGUUAUUUUCUUUUCAGACACCAGUGUCGCAAACACUGCCCCAGAAGCACAUAUGAGGACUGGGGCAGGGGUGUGUGUCUUCCCUGCCCCACACCAUGCACAGACUGCAGAAGUGAUGCACGCUGUCUUGCCUGCCAGCCUGGUUACUUCUUAAAUGGAGACCAUUGUGUUAAACAGUGCCCACAACAAACCUUCAGUGACACCACCGGAUGGCGCUGUGAAUCUUGCCACAGCUCCUGCCAGACAUGCCAUGGGCCUCGGUCAACAGAUUGUGACAUUUGUCUUGCGGGGAACCUUCCUCUGUAUGGGCAGUGCCCUCUGGCUAACUGCCCAAUGGGGCACUACUUUGAUGCUGAAUAUGCGAAAUGUCACACAUGUGACAUGUCCUGCAAGACCUGCUUUGGUCCACAAGCACUGGAUUGUUCCUCAUGUUUCCAAGGCUAUUUCCUGGACCAGGAAAGUUCUUGUGUGUUGCAGUGCCCCAGCGGCUCCUACGCUAACUCUGCCACUCAGCUGUGUGAGAACUGCUCGCCUAACUGCGAGGCCUGCGUGGGUUCCAGCGAUAACUGCAUCAGCUGCUCCAAAGGCAGCUUUAAGCUAUUUCUCCACCAGGGGAGGUGCUGGUCAAAUUGCCCAGAGGGUUACUUUGAGACAGAAGAGGGGUCAUGUGAUGCCUGUGACAGUUCCUGCCUCACAUGUGAUGGUGCCAGCACAAAGUGUCUGUCCUGUGCUGAUGGCCACUACUUGGAGGGCGGCGUGUGCACCCUCAACUGUUCACUGGGCACUUACCCUGCAGAAGACGGCACCUGCAGGCGCUGCCCCCUUCAUUGUGACGUUUGCUCCGAUGACAGGACCUGUUACAAAUGUACUUUCUUAUACCUGAUGCUGAAUGGUGCAUGUAAAGCUAAUUGUCCCAUGGGCUACCAUGAGGACAUUGAGGUGGGACGCUGCGGUCGAUGCCACCCGACUUGUGGCAGCUGUUCUGGACCUUUGGCAGAUGACUGUGAGAGUUGCUCCACAUUCAGUCCCAAACUCUAUAAGGGCACAUGCUCAAAAGACUGCCCGGCUGGCACCUACUAUGAGGACGCAGCUGCAGAGUGUCAAGAGUGCCACCAGACUUGCGCAAGCUGCUCCGGACCAGACCCAAACCAGUGCACCCGGUGCGAAAGGGGCCUUGUGCUGGAUCCAAACACACUCCUAUGUGGGGUGACCGGUGAUAGCGACUGCCCACCGAAGACCUUCCUGCACGACGACCAGUUCACCUGCAUGGGCUGCCACCACCACUGCUACUCCUGCGAGGGGCCCGACAGCGAUGAAUGUCUGACGUGUGACGUCCCCACAUACCUUCACAACAGGACUUGCAUGAAGGAGUGUCCGGCUGGUACAUACACAACGAGGCAGGAGGCCGACGGAACACAGCUGGGGUUUUGUUUACCGUGUGACGGCGUGUGCGCCACCUGUACAGGGGUGUCACCUAAAGAUUGCCUCACGUGCGCCCCUGGAUACUUGCGACUCCUUCAUCUGUGUGUCAGCCAUUGUCCCACAGGGUACUACCAAGCUGGCGCCCACUGUGACAAAUGCGACCGCUCCUGUGAGAUGUGCACAGGUCCGGGUCCCGAGUCCUGCCGGGCUUGUCUCCCUCCUCUUCUGGAGCUGCAGGGAACCAAGUUGUGUGUGGAGCGUUGCCCACAACGCUUCUACCAGCUGGAUGACGUGUGCAAGCAGUGCCACAUCAGUUGUCACACCUGCACAGACGCCUCCCCUCGGAGCUGUGUGACGUGCGACAUUGGCAGCACGCUGAAGGACAAAGUCUGCUAUCCACGCUGUGAGGAGGGGAAGUACUUUAGUGAAGAGGCAACCUGUGCGCCAUGUGACAGCUCAUGCAAACACUGCAAUGGUCCCAGACCUGACCAGUGUCUUAUUUGUCACCAAGAUUCUGGCCUUCACGUUGUGGAGAGCCGCUGUGCCCGCUGCUGUCAGGCAGGAGGAAACCAUUCACACUGCUGUGUUUGUGACAGCCGCUCAGCUUUGUGUGUGGAGACCCCACAACUCAAGUUGGGCGACGAGCUUGUAACAGACAUGAACAUGUCCUCAAGAGUCCUCAAACACACCUCAGCUGCCGCACCUAUCGCCCUGCUAGCGGCGCUGGCUUUGGCUCUACUGGUUUUUGCUUUGGUGAAGGCCCGAGCCAGGAAAAGGCUUUGCUGGAAGCAGAGUUACGAGAGACUGAGUGGCAAUGCAAACAUGCCUCACGGUGUGCCUGAACCGGACAGCGGGGACGAGGUGGACGUGGUGUACACGAGUAGAGGUGGCUCAGUGUAUCGGCGUUACAGUUUUAUCCACGAGCAGGACGCCAAUGCAGAUCAUGUCGACGAGAGCACUUGUCUCAACCAGCCCUAGACAAGACCCACAAAAGGGCACCCAGAGGACCUGAUUAAACAACCGAAAACACUGUAAUAUGUACGCCAGGUCAGUUGAUGGCAAUGUCACUUUGGCAGAUGUCAUGAUAUCAAGACUGACAAUAGGAGGAGUCUUGGUAGUUUAAAUGUCAAAUGUAAUGUUUUUUAUGUUUGUUGCUAUUUGAAUUAUAAUGUGAAUGACUUUUUCCUAAGUUGACAAUAUAUACACUAUUUAUUUUGAAGUAGCUGUCCCAUGCUGGCAGCACUCAUGCAGCCCUAAACCAUGACACUGCCACUACCAUGCUUGGUUUGGAGGCAAGACACAAUUACAGUAUCUUGGUACUCACUUAUGUUGCCAGCUAUAACUUGGUAUAUCCGCUAUAUAAAUUUCGUUGCUAUAGUACUGUUCCUUGAGAAGAUAUACUGUAACAAAAAUGGUUGCUGAAAUGUGACAGGGGUACUGACUUUUUUCAUGUGGUGUACGUUCAGUGUUCUGCCAGUCAUCAUUUUCAUCUGAUCCUCAAACUUUGAGAGAUUCUUGUCCUCGGUUGUCGUCUUCAAAGCAAGAAUCCUGAUGACAUCUCAGCCAGGAUAUCUCAGCCAACGUCUGCAGAUCAAUGUUCAUAUCAGUCCAUGUUAUUUUUUAGUGCUAAACUGAUCUUCAAGCUUUACAUUAGGAUCAGUCAAAACAAGAACCUAUCCUAUGGAUUUCAGUACAGGACAUCAGGGGACUUUCGACACAACAGGGUAGGAGAAGUGAGCCAUCCUAGACUGCUAAACUUCACAACGGUUGCGGCUGGAAUGCUACCACCUUUAUCCUCACCAUAAGCAUGUUCAAAGUGGCUGAAUACAGUACAGUGCUGGUAAAAACUGGCAUUUUCUUUUCAUUUUUCAGCGUCAGUGUCCUGUAUGAACGGCACUGAUGUACAAUAAGGGAACAAAGUCCAGUCAACAUUCCGCUUACAGUAGUGCCCAAGCUGGACCAGAGGCAGGAUCAGGUGUCUACAGAAGUGGUCCCCAACCCCCGGGCCGCGGCCCAGUACCGGGCCGCAGAGAAAGAAAAAAUAAUUUCCAUUAUUUCAUUUUUUUUGUUUUGUUUUGAAAAGUGUCCGGAUUCUCUCUGUUACAUCCGUCUGACUUGAUGCAUGUCCAUUUUGUGUGUGCUAACUUGCUCUCGCCGCACAGAUAGACUACUACUGUAUUCUUAGCAUUUUUCUUUCACCUCAUAUUUGGUCUCAAAUUCUGAUACUAUGUGGGAAUGCAUAAAGGUAACUUUUGAUGACUUAUUGAGUGCUAAUGUGCAUAUUUGUCUCAAGUUAAUUCAUGCUAGCGCACUGCCUUUUACCACACACAUCAAACAGCGAUGUAAUCAUCUCUCUGGAAAAACUUGGCUGGAACCUGAACUGGUGGAUGGUGGGUCGGCAUUCAUUUUGUACUUUUAAUUUGAUGUUAUUCAUGUCUUAGUUUUACACAAUACAUAAUAAAUAAGAUUAAUUAGAUAGAUUUAAUGUAGAGGAUCACAUCAUCACCCUCCCCAUGCACAUUCUAAAACUGUAUAAAUGGCUGGGCAGGGAAAGAAUGGGUGCUUUUUGAAGCUCCGCUGUACUAAGGCCCGCUUAUCCGAGCAGGCGAACAGGGACAGCAAAUAAGCCCAGAUAUCUGUAUUAGUUUGGU